CCCGUCGAUCGGUUGAGCUCGUCUGAUCCGAGACACCUGCUUGACUACCGUCUUCUGGAUCGCGGUGAACGAUUCCCUCCGUUUAUUUAUUAUUUCCUUCAGUAGAUAGAAAUGGACGAUUUCGACAUGCUCAGUGCACCUGCUGCCGGUAACGGCGUUGGUUCGGAGGAAGACCCCGCAGCCGCUUUCCUGGCCCAGCAAGAGAGCGAGAUCGCGGGGAUAGAGAACGACGAAGGGUUCAGCAUCCUGGACAGCGGAGAGGUCCCCACGUCGCUAGGCGACUCAAACGAUGGUGUUAUCAAUGGAGAGCUUCAUGGGGAGAGCAAUGGUCCUUCAGAUGCCUAUGCUGCCAUCUCCAAUGCUGACCGGCUGCAGGCUGAACCAGAAAGCCUUCGCAAGUGGAGGGAGGAGCAGAGGGAUCGACUGGAGGAACUAGAUGCUAACUCCCGUCAGCAGGAGUCUGAGUGGAAGGAGAAGGCCAAAGUGGAGCUAGAGGAGUGGCACACUAGGCAGAACGAGCAGCUGGAGAAGACCAAAGUUAAUAACAGGGCGGCUGAGGAGGCCAUGAUUUCAGAUAUGGAUGAGAACAACCCAGGCACAGAAUGGGAGCGCGUGGCACGUCUCUGCGACUUCAACCCCAAAUCCAGCAAGCAGGCCAAAGACGUGUCACGCAUGCGCUCUGUCCUCAUCUCACUGAAGCAGUCCCCACUGGUCCGCUAAGGUCGGCCAGCGCCAUCAUUCCAUAUCUUCCAUCUCCACACAUGCCCAUCAGCCCUGUCUACCUAUGUACCAUUGUCCAUACUCUGAGGACAAGGGGAUCGAUGCCCCACCUGUUCAUUUCCUAGUCACAUACCGUCAUUGUGUUUACUAGUGUAAGUAUUUUCCCCAUACCCUACCCCACCUUCCUCCUUUUCGCAGUGCUGUAGAGAUUAACCUUAGAGUCCAUACACUCCACAUUUUGGUGCCCUGAAGGGUUUACACCUGUGCGCACUUUAUCCACAGACCAAUAAAGACCCUGCAGUUGACUAUUCUCUGCAUUUUAUGCGAUUUGGCCGAUUGUCACCUCAAGCUCCAUAUCAGGUCUCGAGGUCUGGUGUUGUGUUACAUACCUCCAUGGGUGAAGCGGGAACACUAAAAGGGAAGGGCUGAUGGUGGUUUGGUUAUUGGGUGUUUCCUUACAUCCUUGGGCCUAGAACUACACUACAGCCACCUUACAGGGCAGCCAAACAAUAUCAUUCCCACAAUGCCGUAUUCAACCUCUUGUCAACCUUUGACCCAAUCCUAGAAUACUGACCUGAGUGUUGAUCGAUUUUUAUCAGUGGUUUUACCUGUCCUCCAGUCCUACCAUCAUGUUGUACUUUUUGUCCUUUAAAAAAAAAAAAGAAAAAAAAAGAACAUAGAUUUAUUUUGUUUGCAUUGCUAUUCUUUUUAAGGACCAAACUCUUGAGACAAGACAUCCAGUUAAGUGUGUGUAAGGUGUGUGUGCGUGUGUAGAGCUGGCUUGUGGUAUAGUGGGUUAAAAUUUCAAUCUAUGCAUUUCCUUUUGAAAAAGCCUCACCCUGCUCCAGUCAGGAACUGAACAAAGUCCUGUCAUUACAAUAUGUGACCUGUUUAUAUGUGUGUUAAAACAAGAACGGUGUGAGUGUAUGUACUCUAUGCGUGUACCUAUGUACAUAUACAGAGGCAAUAUAUAUAUAAAUACAGUAUACAAACACAUGUAUGUCAUUAAGAGCUAACAGUUGUGAUUUAAAAGACUGCUAACUGUUGGCCAACAGUCGCUUGAUCAUAUGUGUUCAUUGUCCAUUUGGUUUCAAUAUCAGUAUAAAAAGUCAAAGAUAA